UCCGGUCCCGCCCCCGCUCCGCAGUUGCUAGGAGACGUGAUGUCACCGGAAGCGAGGCCUGAGAUAGGCUGAGGCGCGGGGUAGCCUCUCCCCCUCUGCGCCCUGGGCGCCCCGCGCUGGCUCACCAGCUGUUUUAGGCCUGGGGGCGAGGGUCCCGCUCGCCCGGCCGCCCGCCACCCUUCCAGCUCCUCGCGACGUCCUCUGCUCGGACGCUCCCGCUGUGCCCCGCCGCCGGACGUGCGGCUCCAGUGGGGUUCCAGUGCGGCUGCCCGAGCUUCCGACUGACAGCGGAGUCCCCAGCCGGCGCUGCCCGCCACGUCCCCGCUGUCGGCCGGCGGCUGUGUGCGGCAGUGACCUUUCCGAGCCCGGCGCCGCGAUGACGGCUCCCCGCUCGCGGUCCCCCAGGCUGCCCGGGCGCCGGGGACUAGGGUUCGGGCUGUCGCCGCCGCCGGGGCUGCUGCUGCUGCUGUUGGCGGCGGCCGUGGGGCCGGCGCGCGGCUGGGAAAGCGGCGACCUGGAGUUGUUUGACUUGGUGGAGGAGGUGCAGCUCAACUUCUACCAGUUCCUGGGGGUGCAGCAGGAUGCUUCAUCUGCAGACAUUAGAAAAGCAUAUCGUAGGCUUUCACUGACUUUGCAUCCAGACAAGAAUAAAGAUGAAAACGCAGAAACCCAGUUUAGACAAUUGGUGGCCAUUUAUGAAGUUUUAAAGGAUGAUGAACGAAGGCAGAGGUAUGAUGAUAUUCUGAUCAAUGGACUUCCAGAUUGGCGACAGCCUGUAUUCUACUACAGGCGGGUGAGAAAAAUGAGCAAUGCUGAGCUGGCAUUACUUUUGUUUAUUAUUCUCACAGUGGGUCAUUAUGCUGUGGUUUGGUCAAUCUACCUGGAAAAACAGCUGGAUGAACUGCUUAGUAGAAAAAAGAGAGAAAAGAAAAAAAAGACAGGCGGCAAGAGUGUGGAUGUAUCAAAACUUGGUGCUUCGGAAAAAAAUGAAAGAUUGCUGAUGAAACCACAAUGGCAUGAUUUGCUUCCAUGCAAGCUGGGAAUUUGGUUUUGCCUUACACUAAAAGCAUUGCCUCAUCUAAUCCAGGAUGCUAGGCAGUUUUACGCCAAAUAUAAAGAAACAAGAUUGAAGGAAAAGGAAGAUGCAUCGAGUACAGCUGAACUUGAAACACUUCAAAAACAGAAGAAAGUGAAAGUAAAAAAACCCAAGCCUGAAUUUCCUGUAUACACACCUUUAGAAAGUACAUAUAUUCAAUCUUAUGAUCAUGGAACUUCUAUAGAAGAAAUUGAGGAACAAAUGGAUGAUUGGCUGGAAAGUAGGAACAAAGCACAGAAAAAACAGGCACCUGAAUGGACAGAAGAGGACCUCAGCCAGCUGACAAGAAGUAUGGUUAAGUUCCCAGGAGGGACCCCAGGUCGAUGGGAGAAGAUUGCCCACGAAUUGGGUCGAUCGGUGACAGAUGUGACAACCAAAGCCAAGCAGCUAAAGGACUCGGUCACCUGCUCCCCAGCAGGGAUGGUCCGACUCUCGGAACUCAGGUCCACGGCUCAGAAUUCCAGGCCCACCAAGCCCCCAGUGGCCCUGCCUGAUGACAUCACCACCCAGCGGGAAGACGGUGAGCACGGCUCGGAGGAGGAGGAGGAGGGACAGGAGGAAGACAUGGCCGAGGAGCUACAGGCCGAGGCCCCCAGCCGCCCCCGAAGGCGGAAACCAGCCCCCAAGGUCCAUGCUGAGGAGAAGACCCGAGGAAGGAGACAGAGGGACUUUGACAUCUCGGAACAGAACGAGUCCAGUGACGAGGAGAGCCAGAAGAGAGAGAGGACGCGUGCCGCACAGGAGCCGUGGACUCAGAGCCAGCAGAAGCUCCUGGAGCUAGCUCUACAGCAGCACCCCAGGGGCUCCUCUGACCGCUGGGACAGAAUCGCCAGAUGUGUCCCGACCAAGAGUAAGGAAGAGUGCAUCGCCCGGUACAAACUGCUGGUUGAACUGGUCCAGAGGAAGAAGCAGGCCAAGAGCUGAAUGUCCCAGCAGACGUGGCUCAACCUCCAUUUCCAAAAUGAUUUUAAAACUGAUGCAGAAAAUUUGUAUUUUGUACCUCAGUGUUUCUAUAUGUCAUGUGCCUUAGUAAAAAAAAAAUAAUAAAUUAAAAAUUAGUGCUGUGAAAG